AUGUGGGGUACCUUUGGAAAGCCCCAGGGCACAGUAGCCAAGGUCUACAUUGGUCAAGUCAUCGUGUCCAUCCAUACCAAGAUGCAGAACAAGGAGCAUGUGACUGAGGCCCUACACAGGGCCAAGUUCAAGUUCCCUGGCCACCAGAAGAUCCAGAAGUGGGGCUUUACUAAGUUUAAUGAGGAUGAAUUUGAAGACAUGGUAGCUGAAAAGCGGCUCAUCCCAGAUGGCUGCAGGGUCAAAUUCACCCUUAAUUGUGGCCCCUUGGACAAAUGGAGGGCUCUGCACUCAUGA